AAAUCUCCUAAUCUAAAGUUUUGACUAUUUUUAUUUUUACUCUAGCAUUUUCGUACGUCAGUGAGCCGUGCGCGUCAUGCCAGUGCCAGUGCUACCCAGUCCUAUAAAAGUUACGUCACGCGCGUCGUCGUUUGUUGUCUGCUUAAACUUUUGACCUCGUAUUCACGUGCGUUCCUGCGGCGACUGCAGCGCGCAUUAUAAUAUACUCCAAGUAGAGCACGGUUCCAGCGAAAUACACCAGUUCAGGGAAAUGGAUGUCACAACCCUCUCGACGGUAUUUUUAUUCGCCCUGGCUGGUCACUGCAUGGCGAGUGACACCGACUUCACAGAAAAAGACUCUCAGGUUAAUGCAACAUGGUUAACCGAAUACACGGCGUGCCUAGAUUCUACAUAUCACAAGCGAAAACCGGGACCGGAGUCGAGUCUUUACGGCCAUUGCACACCGUGGAAAAACGAGGCAUGCUGCACGGAAAACACCACUCGGGACGUUCAUCACACCGCCAUGUACGGAUUUUCCUUAGACUUUUGCGAAGAACAAACCGGACAAAAAAUGAGGGAUGUUUGCAAGAAGCACUUUCACAGAGAUCUCUGCUUCUACGAGUGCGAGCCUAACAUUGGCCCAUGGGUCGUUAAGGUGAAGCGGAAGCUUUCAAGGGAAAGAUUUUUUGAAGCGCCGCUUUGUGAAAGCGAUUGCAACACCUGGUGGCAAGACUGCAGGUUUGAAUACGCUUGCACCCCGAACUGGCCCCGGGGAUUUAAGUUUGGUGGCGGUAAAAACAGCUGUCCAAAAGAUUCCAAGUGUGUGCCGUUUCAUGAAAUGUACAAAAAUGCAUCCGACUUCUGUUCUCAGGUGUGGGACCACUCGUGGAGGGUGGUUCCCGACGACCGCCCGUGCAUGCGCCUCUGGUUUGACGGUUCCAUGGGAAACCCAAACAAGAGAGUUGCGCUACUUUACGGAUCUCACAGCGUCGACAGGAACGGGUUCCCUAGUGGUGCCGAGGCAGUCGCAUCUUCAUCGCUGCAGCUCUUCAUUUUUGGUGCUAUGUUGACAACACUCCUUUCAUAAAGAUCAACUUCGUGCCUUAUCGAGCAACUUUUUUUUAAUGACAAAUUGCUGCAUGGUUGUUCAUUUCGUUUCUUCAAAGAUUUUGGUGGAUGUUGAAGAUUAUGUUUAUGGUCGUCCGAAAUUUUAUGCAUGCUACUUACACUCCAUGUUUUUACAAUAAAGUCCAUCUAAGAAAAGG